AUGGAACAUUUUCGGACGAAUUGUGUUAUCACGAGUCCAGUGCGAGCUUCAGCCCCUUCUUUCAGUUCGGCAUCCAGCUCACGUCGUUUCGAGCAACGCCGAGCACACUUUGGAAACUAUGACAGCGAGGCGGCCACCUCUGUUCCCAAGUGGCUGGUCGUGGCAAGUGCAGCACAAGCUGCGGGGUUGGUUGUGAAGAGACGGCGGCAGUUGAGUGGAUGUGCACGCUGGCUGCGCAUACGAUCGGUAGCAUGCGCCGCUCAAGACUGGACACGCAGAGACCAGUUGUUGCAAAUUGAGGAGAACAUGCAGCAGCUUUGGGAGGAGCAAAAUGCGUAUGAGAUUGAUGCCCCCGAGGAUGCAAAUUCCUCAGAGAAGUACUUCGUUACCUUUCCCUUCCCGUACAUGAACGGCAAACUCCACCUAGGUCAUGCCUUUUCUAUCACGAAAGCAGAAUUUGCUGUUCGUUUUCAGCGCCUUUUGGGCAAGAGGGCCCUGUUUCCCUUUGGCUUCCAUUGCACAGGCAUGCCAAUUGCUGCAGCUGCUUUGAAGCUGAAGGAGUGCCUUGCCCAGAGACGGAAUGGAGAGCCAGAGCAAGCUUCAGUGCCAUCAACAGCAGCGGAGAGCUCUAGUGCAGAUGCCCCAGGUGUUUUCAAAGGGAAGAAGUCAAAGGCCGUGGCGAAGACUGGUGGGCUGGACCAGUACGACAUCAUGGUAGCGCUUGGUAUUCCCGAUGAAGAAAUUCCGAAGUUCACAGACCCGAAAUACUGGCUGGAAUUUUUCCCGCCUUUGGCCAUACGGGACUUGAAAAAAUUUGGUGCAGCAGUGGACUGGCGUCGCACGUUCAUCACCACUGACUUGAACCCAUACUUCGAUGCAUUUGUUCGCUGGCAGUUCAUGAAACUCAAGGAUAAGUACCUAGCAAAUGGGAAGCGUCAGACAAUCUUUUCUAUCACCACUCAGCAGCCUUGUGCAGAUCAUGAUCGGUCCGAAGGGGAAGGUGUGAACCCGCAGGAGUACACCCUGAUCAAGAUGAAGGUCAAGGAAGUACCUGAAGAGUGGGUGGAAGCUGUCGGAGAAGGUAGCAUUUUCCUUGUAGCAGCAACAUUGCGACCCGAGACCAUGUAUGGGCAGACCAACUGCUUCGUUUUGCCUGAAGGUGAGUAUGGCUUCUUCCGCAUGCGGGGCGGGGACAUUUUUGUCUGCAGCCAGCGUUCUGCGCUGAACAUGUGCUAUCAGGAUCUGGCUGCAAGCUCCGCAGACGACAAGCAGCCCGUUUGUCUAAUGACAAAAGCUGGUUCGGACCUUGUGGGGCUUCCUUUAGAGGCUCCUCUUUGCCAGUACCCAACAAUCCAUGUGUUGCCGAUGUUUACAAUUUCCAUGCAGAAAGGCACAGGAAUUGUGACAAGCGUGCCAGCUGAAGCCCCAGAUGAUUAUGCUUGCCUCAUGGACUGGAAGAAGCGUGCCAACUGGCGAGAACAGUACGGAGUCAAGGAAGAGUGGUGUGCACCCUUCGAUGUCGUUGACAUCCUGUCAUUCCCUGACGCAGAAGACGAUCUGCCCUCAGCUCCAGCCAUCUGUGCAGCAAUGAAAAUUGAGUCACACCGUGACAAGGACAAACUUGCAGCAGCCAAAAAGGAUGUGUACCAAAAGGGCUUCUAUUCAGGAGUGAUGAAAGUUGGACCAUAUGCAGGAGAGAAAGUCAUCGAUGUGAAGGCCAAAAUCAAGCAAGACUUAAUCGAUGAGGGGCAUGCAGUGCCAUACUUCGAACCCGAGGCGAAAGUUGUUGCCCGAUCAGGGGACGAAUGUGUUGUGGCGCUUUGUGACCAGUGGUAUCUGAAGUACAGCGAUGAGGAGUGGACCGGCAGGGUUCGCAAGCACGUCUCGGAGAACUUCGAGAUGUUCAGCGAGCCUGCUAUGAACGCCCUCACUCACGCUGUCGGUUGGCUUGGAGAUUGGGCAUGCUCUCGGACUUUUGGCCUGGGAACCAAGCUUCCUUGGGAUGAGCAAUGGCUUAUUGAAAGCCUCAGUGACUCUACUAUCUACAUGGCCUACUACACAGUGGCGCACAUGGUGGAGGGAUUAGAGGGGUCUGACAAGAUUCCAGCCGAAAGCUUUACUGAAGAGGUCUUUGAUUACAUUUUUGGCCUUGCCGAUUGUGUUCCCGAGACUUCCAGCAUUCCCAAAGAUAUGCUGGAGAAGAUGAGACGUGAGUUUCAGUAUUGGUACCCUGUAGAUCUGAGAUGUUCAGGAAAGGACUUGAUUCAGAAUCACUUGACGAUGUCACUGUUCAAUCAUGCUGCUGUAUGGCAGAAUGAGAGCCUGUGGCCCAAAGCUUUCUAUUGCAAUGGCCACAUCAUGGUGGACUCUGAAAAGAUGUCAAAAUCCAAGGGGAAUUUUUUAACCCUGGAGGAGGCCAUCAGCUCAUAUUCUGCCGAUGCAACACGCAUCGCAUGUGCUGAUAGUGGUGAUGGGCUGCAGGAUGCCAAUUUCUCCAGGGAGUCGUGCGGCAAGACCAUCCUUCGCUUGACCACGUUGCAAGCUUGGGUAGAAGAUGCCGUCAACAACUUGCCCAACAUGCGAACUGGAGAUUUCAGCUUUCUUGAUAACAUCUUCAACAAUGAGAUUACAAAGAGCGUCAUGGCCGCUCAUGAGGCCUAUUCCGGUAUGCUUUUCAGUGACGCGCUGAGAGCUGCACUGUAUGAUAUGGAGAAUCUCCGUUCCCAGUACAGCAUACUCACCAGUGGUGACGUGCAUGCAGAUGUAAUCCGACGGCUUCUUCGCUGCCAAACCAUCAUGCUCUCGCCAAUCGCGCCGCAUUUCUGUGAGCACUUAUGGCGAAAUGUUCUGGGUAACGAGACUCUCGUGGUUCAGGAGGCAUGGCCCACUCCGGAAAAGGAGUAUGACCCCUUCCUGGCACGUCAAUACGCUCUCAUACAAGGGACUCUCCGGACAUUCCGUCUGCAGCUGGAGAAGUUCAAGAGCCCCAAGAAGAAGAAGAAAGGAAAGCAAGAUCAGGGACCCCCUCCAAGACCAAGCAGAGCAAUAGUCUUUGUGGCCAAGAAUUACAAAGAUUGGCAAGUUGAGGUUCUGAAGGUCUUACAGACUGUGGAGCUCAAUGCAGAGAACGAACCUGCAGACAAGAACUUCAUGGGACAAGUGCGUGCGGCGGAAGCCAUCAAAGACCUUCCCAAGCCUGUAAUGAAGCAAGUCAUGCCCUUCGCGUCGUUUGUCAUGAAGCAGGAAGUGAAAGCCAGAGGCUCCGAGGCGCUAGAGUUGGAGCUGCCUUUUGACGAGGCCGCCAUGCUGCAGGAUUUGGGCGAGGUCAUAAAGUCGCAGCUGGGUAUUGAGAAGCUGGAGGUUGUGAGUGCUGCGGAAGAGCAUCCUUUGGGAUACGACCAGCAGCGCGAUGCUGCUGGACCGGCAAAGCCGCAAAUCGUUUUUCUUGCAGACCAAUUAGAAAGUGCAGCAGCGUGA